AUGCUCCAUUUGAGCAUCUCCUACAAUCAACCUAAACUUUGUGCAAAUGCAUCGUGGAAUUCUACAGCAAUUACGUUCGCGAACAGUACUAUAGUUGGUACAGGUCCCACUGGUAUUUUUGUUAGUUCAAAUAAUACCGUCUAUGUCGCUGAUCAGUUAAAUAAUCGGAUCCAAGUAUGGCUUAACGGCAAUACGACACCUACAAGAACUAUCUCCGGUGGUUUGAACAGACCUUAUAGCCUUUUCGCCACAGACAAUGGUGAUAUUUAUGUCGAUAAUGCCUAUUCAAAUAUGCGAGUAGACAAAUGGGGGACAAAUUCAAAUAACAGUGUUCCGGCGAUGUAUGUUUGUUCACAAUGCACUGGUGUUUUCGUCGAUAUUAAUAAUAUGCUUUACUGUUCAAUGUAUAAUUCUCAUCAAAUUGUCUCGCAACCAUUGGAUAAAAGUGUAAAUUUAUGGAGUAUAGUCGCCGGUACAGGUACUGCUGGAGCAACAUCGCUUACACUUAAUAAUCCUCGCGGGAUCUUUGUCGAUAAUAAUCUUAGUUUAUAUGUAGCUGAUGGUAACAAUAAUAGAAUUCAAAAAUUUCUAUCAGGACAACUGAAUGGAACAACAAUAUCAACAGGAACCAUCACAUUGUAUAUGCCAUCUGCAGUUGUUCUUGAUGCUGAUGGAUAUCUCUUCAUUGCUGAUUUGUUUAAUAAUCGUCUUAUUGGCUCAGGACCUUACGGAUUUCAAUGUAUAGCUGGAUGUUCUGGAUCAGGAUCGCAAUUGAAUCAGUUAUCUUUGCCAACAAUAUUUAGUUUUGAUAGUUAUGGAAAUAUAUUUGUCACUGAUUAUGGCAAUAGUAGAAUUCAAAAAUUUCUUCUGAUUAGCAGUUCAUGUAAUGGAACGACAGCUGUUACAACUAUAUCUACUGUAACUUCAACCAAUACUACUUUGACAACUGCAUCAUCUUCAAAACUUCUUCCUUACAAUUUACUGAAAUCCACUGCCUUUACUUCUUGGAGUGCCAAUGGAAUAACUUUUGCUAAUACGACGAUAAUUGGAACAAAUCCGUAUGGUAUAUUUAUUGAUACUAACAAUACUAUAUACGUAGCUGAGCGAACUCCAAACCGUGUUCAGGUGUGGCAUGACAGUAGCAGCACACCCAUAAGGAUUCUCACAAGUGGUUUAUCUACUCCAUUUUCUAUAUUCGUUACUAUUAAUGGUGAUAUCUAUGUCGAUAAUGGUGGUUCAAAUACUCGAGUUGAUAAAUGGACAUUAAAUUCAAGUACUAGUACUUCAGCAAUGUAUGUGAAGAACUCGUGUUGGGGUCUCUUCAUCGAUAUUAAUAAUAAUCUUUAUUGUUCAAUGUAUGCACUCAAUCAAGUUGUCAUGAAAUCAUUGACUACUAAUUCAGCUAUGUGGACAGUUGCUGCUGGUGCAAACUGUUCGGUACCAAGUACGAAUACACUUAAUGGUCCUUGUGGAAUUUACGUUGAUACAAAUCUUAAUUUAUAUGUUGCUGAUUGCGGUAACAGUCGAAUUCAAUUAUUUCUAUCAACACAACUAAUUGGAAAAACGGUCGCAGGUACGGGAGCAAUAGGGACUAUUGCUCUAAGUUGUCCUACUGGAAUUGUUCUUGAUGCUAAUGAUUAUCUCUACAUUACGGACUGUAAUAAUCACCGUAUUGUUGCGUCAGGACCGAACGGAUUCCGCUGUUUGGUUGGAUGUUCAGGCGUUUCUGGGGCAUCAUCUAAUCAAUUAUAUUAUCCAACAGCUCUAAGUUUUGAUAGUUAUGGAAAUAUGUAUGUUGUUGAUCAAUUUAAUAAUCGAAUACAAAAGUUUCUUAUAGAAAGUACUAUUUAUAAUGUGACUACUAAUCAACCAAAUUUAUGUCCAUCUACAACUUGGUAUACAGAUGCAAUUACAUUUGCUAAUAGUAGUACGGCUGGAACUUAUGUAUAUGGUGUUUUUGUUAGUAUUAAUAAUACUGUUUAUGUAGCUAAUCAACAAACUAAUAAGGUUGUAGUAUGGUACGAAGGAAGUAUUAAUCCAGAUAAAAUUCUUUCUGGUAGUCUGAAUACACCAUAUGAUCUUUUCGCUACUCCUAUAGGUGAUAUAUACGUUGAUAAUAGUGUAAGUAAUGGUCGAGUUGAUAAAUUUUCAUUCAACUCAAGUAUAAGCACUUCGGUGAUGUUAGUUCCUAAUCAAUGUACUGGUAUUUUUGUUGAUAUUAGUAAUACUCUUUAUUGUUCAGCGUAUACUUCUAAUCAAGUUGUUAAGAAAUGGUUAAAUGAUAAUGUACUUACAUCAACUGUUGUUGCUGGUAAUGGUACAGCUGGAUCAACAGCGACUACACUUAGUUUGCCUCUUGGAAUUUUUGUCGAUGUUAAAGUUAAUUUAUAUGUUGCAGAUUGUUAUAACAACAGAAUACAAAUGUUUCCUGUUGGACAAUUAACUGGAAUAACUUUAGCAGGAGCAAGUGCACCAGGAACAAUUACACUUAAUCAGCCAAAUGGUAUUACAUUAGAUAGUAAUGGAUAUCUUUUUAUUGCGGAUUGUUAUAAUCAUCGAAUAAUUGGAUCAGGACCAUAUGGUUUUCGAUGUUUAUUUGGAUGUACGACAAUAUCUGGUUCUGCAUCAAAUCAAUUGAAUCAGCCAGUAACUUUAAGAUUUGAUAGUUAUGGAAAUCUAUUUGUUGCUGAUAGAUAUAAUAACAGAGUCCAAAAGUUUAUAUUAGCAUCAAAUUCAUGUAGUAUCUCUUAUAAUCAACCAACAUUUUGUUAUAAUGCUUUAUGGUCUGUAAAUGCUGUAACUUUUGCAUCAAGUAGUACAAUUGGUACAUCACCAUACGGUAUUUUUAUUAAUGGAAUUAAUACUGUGUAUGUACCUAAUCCAGUUAGUAGUAUUAUUUUAUCAUGGCCUCAAUGGAGUAGUACAUCAACAAGUAAUAGUUAUAGUAAUUUGAAUAAUUCAUAUAGUCUUUUUAUGUCUAUGACUGGUGAUAUUUAUAUUGAUAAUGGUUAUUCAUAUGGUCGAGUUGAUAAAUAUACAUUUAAUACAUCAAAUCGUGUUACAGUUAUGAAUGUUAAUGGAAGUUGUUAUGGUUUAUUUAUUGAUAUUAAUAAUAAUCUCUAUUGUUCACUUAAAAAUCUUCAUCAAGUUGUUAAACUUUUACUUAAUAAUGGUACAACCAUUCCGAUAAUUGCAGCCGGAAAUGGUUCUGCUGGAUCACUAUCAAAUAUGCUUAAUUCUCCUCAAGGAAUCUAUGUUGAUAGUAAUUUAAACUUAUAUAUUGCAGACUGUGCGAACAAUCGUAUUCAAUUAGUUCAAACUGGUCAAUUAAACGGCGUGACAAUCGUUGGUAAUGGAUCAUCAACAAAUUUUAUACUCAACUAUCCAACUGGAAUUGUCCUUGAUGCUAAUGGUUAUCUUUUUAUUGUCGAUAGUUAUAAUCAUCGUAUUGUUGCUUCAAGUUAUUAUGGUUUUCGAUGUAUAGUGGGAUGUUUGGGAGGUGGUUCAUCUGCGUCUCAAUUAUCUUUUCCACAAAGUAUGGCUUUUGAUAGCUAUGGAAACAUAUAUGUUACUGAUCGAAAUAAUAGUCGAGUACAACAAUUCACUCUUCAAACUAACAAUUGCAGUAAGUUAUUUGUCAAUAAUGCAACAUUAUGA